AUCGCGAGCGCUGCUGCGGCCAUCCUUGGCACGACGCUCACGGCGGGGAUGACGGCGCAGCUCGCGCAGCCCAUCUUCUUCGGGGGCUUGGCUCUGACCAUGCCGCUCGUCGCCGACUCCGCGGCCGGGUUCUGGUGUAGCUGGGUUGCGACCGCGGCGGCCUUGCAGGCCGGGCUGCCGUACCAGAAGGACCCCGACAGGCGGACCACGUGCGAGGCCAAGGGCGUCCUCGCCGCGCCGUGGUGGACGCUGCCCGGAUCGAGCUGGAGCCAGGAGCUCUUCACCUCCGCGCGCGACGCAGAGGGUGCGCAAGCGCAGGCUCUGGAUCCUGACCGCUCCGCCCUCGCUACUUUCGUCCCGGGGGCCGACGUCGGGGACGUGGAGAG